AUGAAGAAUCAAGUGGAAAUGUGCAUACCAACACAGCAAAUUGAAUGUGAGUUGUUUUUUUUAUUUGUGGUGAAUGAUUUUUUUUUUAUUCAGAUUCGCCGAGCACUUCAAUAUUAACGACAACGACAACUUCUACAUCUAGUACCACGACCACUUCCACCACGACAACCACACCACCUCCACCGUGCCCCGAUUCAACUUGGACACUUUUUGAUCGUGGAAAUUAUUCUUGGUGCAUGAAAGUUUAUUUUGGAACAGUAUAUGUAGAUAGUGCUGAUGCAUCUUGUGCGUCUCUAGAUUCCUCAGCUGUCCUGUCAGGAUUCCAAAACGUCUCUGAAAUUUCCAAAAUGAUGAAUGUGGCACUUUCAGAAUAUCCAACAAUAAUAUGGCUUAUGGUUGGUGCAAAAAGGAGGGAAGCUUGUGAAGCAGUUGUAGGUGUAACAUCAACCUGCACGGCUCAAAAUUCAUUUUAUUGGACUGAUGGCUAUACGUAUGGAUCGGAAGGUUUCAAUUGGUGGAAUGGAAUACCAACAAACCCCGAAAUCGCGUAUGGAAGAUAUUAUAUGUAUUGUGUUGUUAACGCUAAUAAUGACUUUUUGUCAACUACUGAAGAUGACAAAACUGGGUUUUAUUUAGGAGCCGUUUGCGGAAUGCUGGCUAAAGUGUAG